GCCGUAUACACACAUUAGAUAUAAAGUUCUCCUCCCUGGAAGGAAAAGCAAUCAAGCAAGCAAAAGCAAGGGUGGAUAUCAAUGGCGUCGUCGGCAGCAGAGGAGGUGAUCAUGAGCAACAGGAGGGUGAUCAUGAGCAACAGGAGGGUGAUCCUGAAAGGGCACGUGACGGGGGUCCUCACGGAGGACGACAUGGAGCUCGUCACGGCCGCCGUCGGCAUCGCCGUGCCGGCGGGGUCGACGGCGGUGCUGGUGAAGAUCCUCUACCUCUCGGUCGACCCUUACAUGCGCAUCCGGAUGAGGAACCACCUGGAGCCCAACUACAUCCCUGACUUCGUGCCAGGGGAGGUUAUGGCUACUCUUGGCGUAAGCAAGGUUGUAGCAUCCGGGCAUCCGGAUUUCAAGACAGGCGAUCAUGUAUGGGGGAUGAUGGGAUGUGAAGAAUACACUUUGGUCUCUCAUCCAGAGUCUCUUUUCAAGAUCAACCAUCCUGAAUUUCCUCUGUCGUACUACAUAGGUGUUCUUGGCAUGACUGGCCUUUCUGCAUAUGCUGGUUUUUUUGACGUGGCGAAGCCUAAGAAAGGUGACUAUGUCUUCGUUUCGGCGGCUUCAGGCGCCAUUGGGCAGCUUGUUGGGCAGCUUGCGAAGAUCAAAGGAUGCUAUGUGGUUGGAAGUGCUGGUUCUGACGAGAAGGUCAACCUCCUAAAAACAAAGUUUGGCUUCGACGACGCUUUCAACUACAAGAAGGAACAGGACCUAAAUGCCACACUAAAGAGGUGCUUCCCACAGGGAAUUGACAUCUACUUUGAGAACGUUGGUGGCGCGAUGCUGGACACGGUGCUGCUCAACAUGCGGAUACGUGGCCAGAUUGUCGCAUGCGGGAUGAUCUCGCAGUACAACUUGGAGCGACCGGAGGGCAUUCGCAACCUCUUCUCCAUCGUCACCAAGCGUAUCCGCAUGGAAGGUUUCAUCGUCCUGGACUACUUUGGAACCUACCGCAAGUUCGAGGAGGAAAUGGCAGGGUACAUCAAGGAAGGGAAGAUCGCCUGCGUGGAGGAUGUCGCUGAGGGGAUUGAGAAUGUGCCUGCUGAGCUCAUCGGGCUCUUCUCUGGGAGCAACGUUGGCAAGAAGCUGGUCAUCAUCGCACAAGAGUGAUAUGGCAAGAAGCUGGUCACCAUUGCACAAGAAUCACUGAAAUGUAUGUUCGGAAAUCAUUACAACAGCUACUAGUUACUGAAAUAUAUGUUCAGAACUCGAAAUCCAUUACAGUUAUUUGUUUGGCUUGCUGGAUUCAGAAUGCGUUGCGCCAGUGUUUAGUGCAAGUUGAUUAAAUUGUAUAAAUGUCAGUUUCUUUUCUUUGGUUGUGUUACAUGCUAAACUUUAUGGGAUUGGUAAAAGAUGAAUUAUAAAUUUAACCUCGUGUAUUU